AAACUCAUAUAUAACCUCUCAGAGUAUCAAUUAAACACUCAAACAAUUAUUAUAAGUAAGUCUCGGUGUAAUUAUAAGCAACUAUAAUUUAGACUUAUUAAUCCAUUUCGAAUUCAUAGGCCUACAUAUUCAUAUUGCAUUAAAAUCGCUCUCUCUCUCAAAGUAUCAAAUAAACACUCAAACUAUGAUUAUAAGUAAGUCUCGGUGUAAUUAUAAGUAACCAUAUAUAUAAUUUGGACAUUGAUCUAUUUUGAAUUCAUAGGCCUACACUCAAAUUACAUUAAAAUCGCUUUCUGGACUAAUACAGCCUUUCAAAGUAUCAAAUAAUCACUCAAACAAUUAUUAUAAGUAAAUCUUGGUGUAAUUAUAAAUAACCAUAUAUAUAAUUUCGGACAAUUUAUUUUGAAUUCAUAGGCCUAUACAUUCACAUCAAAUAAACACUCAAACAACUAUUAUAAGUAAGUCUCACUGUAAUUAUAAGUAACCAUAUUUGUAAUUUGGUCAUAUUAAUGUAUUUUGAAUUCAUAGGCCUACACGCAAAUUACAUUAAAAUCAUUUACUGGACUAAUACAGCCUUUCAAAGUAUUAAAUAAACAUUCAAACAAUUAUUAUAAGUAAGUCUGGGUGUAAUUAUAAGUUAAUAUAUAUAUAAUUUGGACAUUAAUCUUUUUUUGAAUUCAUAGGCCUACACUCACAUUACAUUAAAAUCGCUUUCUGGACAAACACAGCCUUUCAAAGUAUCAAAUAAUCACUUAAACAAUUAUUAUAAGUAAGUCUUGGUGUAAUUAUAAGUAACUAUAUAAUUUCGGACAAUCGUUUUUGAAUUCAUAGGCCUAUACAUGCACAUCAAAUAAACACAAGAAAUUAUUAUAAGUAAGUCUCGGUAUAGUUAUAAGUAACUAUAUAUGUAAUUUGGCGGUAUUAGUCUAUUUUGAGUUCAUAGGCCUACACUGCACAUCUACAUUAAAAUCACUUUCUAGACUCAUGCAGCCUCUCAAAGUAUCAAAUAAACACUCAAACAAUUAUUAUAAGUAAGUUUUUGUGUAAUUAUAAGUAACUUUCCACUUAAUUCAACAAUAUUCAUGAUUUUUUGUUUGUUUACGCUUUCUCGAACGCACCGACAACAACAACAGGAAGGGUUUUGUUAAUUAUGGGAAGAUGGCAGAUGUGUGUGCAUGGCUAACUACCUCUGGGCCAUCAUAGUCCUGGGGGUGGCUGGUCAGGUCAUGGGCGGGUCACCAAGUGGAGGUCAUCUGUGGACCCAGCGGAACACUAGCAUCGUGGAGGUGGUGGUGGUGGUGGAUGAGGCGCUCCACAACUUCAUUGCGGCCACCACCAAUAUGGGGAACUCCACUACUACUACUACUACUACUACUACUACUGCUACUACUACUACUACUACUACGAUGUUUGUUAGGAGUCUUAUGAAUGAGGUGAAUUUGCUCUUCCGCCCACUCCACAUGAUGGCCCUUCUGACCCACCUGGAAAUAUGGAGUACAGGAAACAAGAUCCAGGUGACCUCUGACCUUAACGAGACCCUGACCAAUUUACACACCUUCCUGCCGACCCUCCAGAAGGUGUACCCAAACCUGCCCGUGGACUUCCUUCUGCUGCUGACGGGUGUGGAGGUGACGGGUGUGGAAGGUGUGGGAACGCUGGCGGGCAUGUGUGGGUCAUUCUCAGCGGGCGUAACAUCAGCUCCAAGGGGUGGCCGUGACGUCAGGCAUGUGGCGAGCGUAGUAACCCACCUCCUGGGGCGUGACCUGGGCCUUAACGAGCUGGAUGACCUACCUGGAUGCGGCUGUGAGGAGAAGGACUGUAUCAUGCUGGGAGGAAGAGGAAGAGUCCGCACCAGGUGGAGCAACUGUAGCCUAGCCAACAUAACCCUUCUUCUGCCCUCCGCAAGACUGACCUGCCUCCGCCGCCCAGAGCAUAAGGCGGAGGGGGUGGGGGGCUGUGGAGAUGGGGUGGUGGAGGGGGCGGAAGAGUGCGACUGCGGACCCACCCACUCCUGCCCCCACGAUUGCUGUAAUGGAUGGAAUUGUGGAUUGGCGGAAAAUGCAAGUUGUGGGAGUGGACCUUGUUGCAAUAUAGAGACCUGUCACCCCUACGCAAUCUCCCAUUCCAUUGUGUGCCGCCCUGCGCUCUCUGGUUGUGACGUAGGGGAAACCUGUGAUGGGGUGGGUGGAGACUGCCCUGCGGAUGUAUGGGUGGAAGAUGGGACUCCCUGUGAUGAUGGGAAGGGCUACUGUUACCAGGGUGAGUGUGGGAGUGCGUGGAUGAGGUGCGGGCAGGUGUGGGGGGCGGGCGCGACACCUUGCACCUCCGCCCAACACCUCCGGCAGAACGUGGCGGGAGAUGAGACUGGAAACUGUGGCUAUGGUGGUGGUGGUGGUGGUGGUGGUGGUGGUGGUGGUGGCGGUGGUGGUGGUGGCGCUGGUGGUGGUGGUGGUGGUGGUGGAGGAGGGCUCGAGGCUUGCUCCAAGAGAGACGCACAGUGUGGCACCCUUCUCUGCCAGGACGCCCCCCCCGCAGCCCCCCAGUCACCCUUGCUGUCACCCUUCCUCCAAGCCGGGCGGGUGAAUGGGUGUAGCUUCAUCCUGGCUCACCCGGACUACCUUGGAAGGGUGUGGUUGACUCCGGAUGGCACCAAGUGUGGGGAUGGGAAGAUAUGCAUAGGACAGAGGUGCCAGCGAGUCCCUUCCACCCUGCUACCCGUUAUCAUCUGGGCACCAACUCUGGCCCUCUCCCUCCUCCUCUUCACUCUCCUGGCACUCUGUCGGCUGUCACGCUGGGGCAGGAGGAAGCUGAAGAGGUGCGCGUGUCCCUGUGGUGGUGGUGUGCAGAGGUGAAAGUGGUGUUAGAAGUGGUGGUGAGGGUGGAGGAAGAGGAGGAGGAGGAGGUGAAGGAAAGGAAAGGAAAGGAAAGGAAAGGAAGGAAAGGAUGGGAAAGGAGAGGAAAGGAAAGGAAGGGAAAGGAAAUAAAGGAAGGAAGGAAGGAAGGAAAGGAAAGGAAAGGAAAGGAAGGAAGGGAAUUUGGUGGUGUUGACAUAUACUAGAGAGAUAAAUUAUAAUAUGUUUUUAGUACAUGAAAAAGGAAUAGGAAUUAAGAGGAAUGGGAACAUGAAUUAAUACCUUGCCUUUUAGUACAGGAAGAAGCAAAAUAAAUAAGUUUGUUUUAUGUAUAUUUUCACACAUAGAGAAAAGACAGUCAUUUUUAUACAUUUUUUUUUGGAGUAGACAAAACAUGGUCGGAAUUUAUACUUUAACAAACAAACAAAAAAUAUAUAUUGACAAAAUGCUGUGUACAUGUAUAUAUAUAUAU